GCUCUGCGAGCCAGCGGGGACCACGGUGCCCGGCGUGCACCGCGCGGGUGCCGCGGGAGGGGGCGGAGAGGUGGCUUCGCGGCCGGAGGUCGUCCCUCUCCCUGCGAGGGCCGUGAGCGCCCAGCCCUGCUCCCGAGGGACUCCACGGGAAGCCGUCUAGAAUGGUCGGGGCGACUCACCGUCGCCGCGGCACCAGCGGCAGCCGCAAUACCAAGAACGACCACCUCCGCAGCUCGCAGUCGGGCGUCUGUCAGAAGGAGGCGGGUUGGAGGCAACUGGAGUGAACUGAGUACAGCUGUGUAAUCUAACACUCCAGUCCUCCGCAUCCUCCUUACCACCCGGCCUCCACCCACCAGGCUGACGCACACUGGCUUGAAAGCCUCAAACACAAUCUUGUGAUCAUCCCGAGAGACACAACUGACAGCACUGAGGACCUCCUUUGCACCAGCUGAGGGUGGCUGGAGUCAACCCCAGGAUGCUCAUCUCAGUAUCUAGAGAGAAGCGUGCGGGGCAGGAGGUCAUUAGCUGGACUGUGUGUGGUUAGACCUCCCGCUUUCGUACACGUGAGUUGUCCGGUCCUCUCACUGAGCAGGCCCUGCACUUCAGGCUUUGGACAGCGGACAUCACCCGCCACAAUGCAAGUGGUUGUCAGAAACAAAAUGGGCCAUGGUUCUAGUACCAGAUCCUGAAGAUAGAGACCUUGAUUGCCAAACCCAGACCAUGAAAACCACCCCAGAGUCAGACUGGUCUUUCCCUAGAGACUCCAUUGACUUUUUUUUGGAGGCCCAUCAUGAACUGCAUACUUGAUCGAUGGUUUAUGUGAAAUUUACACUGAUGCUACAAAAAGUGUCUGCUCCAACAUGAAUUCUCUUCAGUUACACAAGGAGAAAUUCAGGGCUUGCUUCGGUAUCUGCUAGUGAACUGACAUUUAUUCAGUUUGUUGGGCUCCCAGAGCAGGAACCUAGGGUUUCCUAACUCCAAGGAGGAGUCCUGAUACUAGAGGCUUCUGAGAAGUGAGCUGCUUCUCUGUCACCCCCCUGCCUGCUUCCCAGAAGGGGUCAUUGGCUCUUACAUAACUGAAGGACUUGAAUUAAGUCAGCCUGGGGACUUCCCUGGAGGUCCAGUGGUUAAGAAUCUGCCUCCCAAAGCAGGGGACACAGGUUCCAUCCCAGGUCAGGGAACCGAGAUCCCACAUGCCACAAGGGCAACUAAGCCCGCCCGCCACAACUACCAAACCUCCGCAUCUCAACUGGAGAGAAGCCCCAAGCGACUUAGCAUGCACAGCGUAUUUAUAAAAGAUGGCCCAUGGGUCUGUCGGAACAUUCCUCAGUGACUAACUGAGCAGCUACUCUGCCCACCCUAGGCUCUCGGAAGCUCACCCACUCGCCCAUGUUCUCUGGUGUCCUAGCAACUGGAAAGUGAUCUGAGCUCCGACCAGGGCAGAAGCCAUUCUCUCCCUGACCACUGUGUCUUGCAGGCUCCCCAGGAGCCUGAGGACCUGUCCGUGCCACCCAAGGGCCCACUGAAAGCCACCACUUGUCCCCACGCACGCCCAGAAGGCCGACUGGGGACAGCCCAUGACCCUGGCAAAAUGAGCUUCUCGCUCAAGUUCUCGGAGCUGGUCAACAUCGCCAUCCCGCAGUGCGGGGUGGUGAACUUCAAGGCCCUGCACUUCCUGCUCCACGGCAUCCUGGAGCACAUCCACAUGGCGGAGCUCGAGAAGGACCUCUCAGGGGAUGAGGACUUCCUCCAAGCCUCUGUGUCAGUCACAUUCCCGCCACGGGAAGGGGACGCCCAACCCACCCUCAGCCCCCUGAAGAGGCUCGGCAACAUCUUCGACCACCUGGUGAGCCGCGUGGACAUGCUGGAGAGCCAGCUGGCCGUGCUGAGGGACAUGCCGUCCACCGCCCAGCUGCUGGAGAGCAGCCAGGGCACCAGGCAGCCUGCCCAGGAGCUGUGGAACCUGAUCAGGCUCCGGAAGAAGGUGGAGGGCAACGAGGAGGCUGUGGCCAAGUCCAUAAGAACCCUGCAGGAUCUGCUCACAGACAUUUAUGCACUCAAGGUCUCCGUUGAAACCCUCGGGAAGGAGGUGGCCAUGCUGAAAGACGUGUUUGAGAAGAUCAGUCCACAAAGAAUAGACACCUUCUCAGAAGAUUUGAGAGGGCAGAACCGGAAGAUGAGUGCACUGCAGCAGGAAGUGACUUCUCUCCAGAGCAAGGUGACUGCCAUCCCCAAACCCGAGGACCUGGUGCUCUGGAGCAGUCUCCAUGAGGCCAUGUUCAUCCCAGGAGCUGCUCCACAACUGCUGGGAGACUCCGACCUGUGGCAGAUUGCGGAGCUCGCCUCGGAGACCGCCGUUGCCCAGACAGCUGAGGACCGUGGAGGAGGGCGUCCCAGCCACUUCUCCGAGGCCAUCCAGCACCCCAGGUUCCUGGAGACCGUCUGGCAGUACCAGGCGCCAGGGCAGCUGCUGGAGGAGGAGCCUGCCCAAGCAGCUUUGCUCCUUGGGGCCGAGGGGCCAGACCAGCCCCAGGUGCCAGAGCCUGGGCCUGGGCCUGGGCCUGUGUUGGGACCCAGGCCUGCACCUGGACCUGGGCCUUCAUCUGGACCUGGGCCUGCACCUGGACCUGGGCCUGCACCUGGACCUGGGCCUGUGUUCGGACCCAGGCCUGCUCCUGGGCCUGGGCCUGCGUUCGGACCCGGGCCUGCCCCUGAAUUGGAACCUGCCCUGGGCCUUCAACCCACACCAUCAGGAUCCUGGACUGUACCACCACAAGGCUGGCCUCCUCCCAGAGGCUUUCCCAGGACCAGCCCUGGGCCUUUCUGGGGCUUCCAGCCUGGCCUAGGCCCAAUGGGCUUCCCGCCUGCCAGGUUCCGGGGCUUCAGGGCCCCACCCCUAGCCAUGGAGUUGGGCUCAGCUUGGCCUCGUUCACAGCAGUCCGUGUACUACCCGGGAGACAUGUCCAAGCUCUCUGCUCUCUCAGAAAAGGAGGAAGAAUACUCCUCCGUGGAAAGGGAGGACCCUCGGGACAGAGCCCCGAGGGCUGAGGUCCCGCCAGGAGGCCUCCCUAAGGGAUUCCGGUCUGCCGUUCAGCAGAUGAAACCCAGUGCUGCCCUCACGGCCACGGCCGCUGCCUCCUACACCUCUGAUGUGGCCACAUCAGCAGCCCGGGCGGCCAAGGCCGCUGCCAAGCUGAUCAGGGACGCCCCCGCCACCAAAUUGGCCACUGUAGCAACAGCCGCAGCCACAGCCGGGCCCUUAGGGGUCCUUGCAGAAUUUCUGGGAGCGGGGCCCUCGCGCGGGGCCUUCCCCGGGGGCGAGGUGGAGGAUUUGCUGGAGGUGGAGGAUGAGGACUUGCUCUCUCCUGCAUACUCUUCUGCCUUUGUCCCUCCCGACACGGCCCUGUCCCAGGCCAUGCUGGCUGCUAAACAUGCCACGACCCCCGAAGACAAGAAGAAGGCCGUCAGGUAUUCCAUGAGCCACAUAGCCCAGAUGCCUGUCAGACACGACACCCUGAAAGAAGAGUUUGCCCAGCUGUCAUCUAACCUGCAGCAGCGUAUGACUUAUCUAGCUAACAUGGGAGCCUCUUCCAAGCUUGGGUCAACAUUGGACAUCUUGCAGGAAAAGAUUGGCAACCUCCAGAAAUCCAGGAUGAAGGAGGAGGAACUUGAGAGAGUUUGGGGCCACCAGAUCGAGAUGAUAAAGGACCACCACAUCGUGCUGGACAGGGCAGUGAACAGGCUCCAGAUUCGCCUGGAUGAGUUAAAGGUUGUCUAUGCUCAACUAAGAAACCUAGAAAUGUACAAGGCAGACCGAAAUGAGAUGGAGCAGGAGUUGAAAGAGAAGGCCGACAAGAGCUCCCUGGCAGGCAAGGCAAGCCGGGCUGACCUGGACACAGUGGCCAUGCAGCUGAAUGAAAUGAUUCAGGGCAUGCUCUUCAGGGUGGUUGCCAAUGAGGAUGACUGGAAGAAGGCUGUGGAGCAGUUGGACAAAGACGUACGUACCAAGCUGGUUCCCAGAGAUUUGGAUGAUCUGAAGAAAGACAUGGACGAGGUCUGGAAAGUUGUCAGGAAGCUGCUGAUUGAAGGCUUCCAUUUUGACCCCGACAAUGCUGCCGGCUUUAGGAGGAAACUGUUUGAGCGGGUGAAAUGCAUCUCCUGCGACCGGCCCGUGGAGAUGAUGACCAGCCCGCAACUCAUCACCAUUCGCAACACCCACCUGCUGCCAUGGCUGCGGCCGGCCAGCGCCAACAGCUACGAGUACCUGCAGCGCCAACAGAUGAGGGAACAACAGCAGCUGCAGAAACUGCAGAACCUCGGAGUCCCUGAGAGGAGCCUGGACUCACUGGGCCCCCCACAGGACUGGGGUGAUGGCCCCAGAAAUGACACCAACCUCGAGUUCAAGCCAUACAGCUUGUCGACAGUCUACCCCUAUGGGGACCCUGAGUUGUUGGACUAUGACUCUGCCGAGGUGGACCUCCUGGGAGUGGAUGGGAUCCUGUACAAGGGCCGAAUGACCAGCAAGGACAAGGCGCGGCCGCUGACCAGUGCGGAGAAGGAGCUGGCAGCUGUGAAGGUCCCACAUCCCCCGGCCCGAAGCCCGCAUGAGGGUGCCCGCCUGAGUGCCCUAUUUGGUGCCAUCUCCUCUGCCCUGCCCCCCCGCGCCAGCAUGGGCUCAGCCGCCUCGGGCCCUCCACCAACGAUGCCCGCUCGGCCUCCGUCUCUCCCACCCGUGCUGCUGCUGCCACCACUGACACCAUCUCUUCAGGACACCCAGCCGGCCCCCCAGCCGGCCCCAGGGGCUGCCAGGCACCCACGGUCCCUGCGCCUCGAGUCCCGAGCCAGCCUGCAGUUCGCCAAGGAGCCCAGCAACCCGACUGCGUCCAAAUGAAGCCGAGCGCUUCCUGAGCCCCGUGACCUACGCUGCCUUGGGGGACAUCAGCCAGUGCAGCCCUGGCCCCACCCCCGUAGCAGAGAUGAGUAUUUUUAUCAACUUCUCCCCAGAAUAAAACCUUUUACUUUUCUGACUGUG